AUGGCAUUUCGUUUUCAACGUGUACUCAUAGCGUGUAGUUUACCGACGAUUUUAGCGAUUGUUUCGUUUUAUUGGCUCAGAAAGAGAAGAAAAGCUAUCGAUAUUCACAGCGAAUCACCAGAACAUACAUCCACUACAACACCGGCUAUCGAUACCAUCGAUUCAAAUACACCGAAAUUGUUUACUCGUUUACCACAACAUUCAGAACCGAUAGAUAUUAGGAAAAGUGUUUCACUUCAGACUCAAAGUAGUCAAACGUAUUGUGAUUUGCGUUCAUUUGAUACCGAAUACGAGGCCAUGAAAUUGAAGGACAACAAAACGAGUCGUUCGGCCGCCGCCGACAUUCCCACGAAACUAGUGUCGGACACGAACUCGACGGCCGUCCGCUUGGAUCGUAUGGACUCUAACUAUAGAUCGGAGCAAAAGCGACAAUUGAAUUGUCAAACCAUUGAAGACACUGACAGUGAAUGUAAAAAACGCUCUGACAAUGAGCUGAACAACAAAUAUAGUGUCACUGAUGAGAAAAUUAUGGUUAAAUUAGCAAAUUUGUCACUUAAUAAGGACGACAAUAAAGACAUUCAAAGUUGUAAUGGCUUUGAGAUAAAUGGCAACAAUAAUGAGGAUAAAAAGUCCACAAAAAGAGAUUCAUUGAAAUGUGAUAAGCAUUGUAUGGAAGAUAUAAGUUAUAUCAGUGACCAAAAGGAGUCUUCGAAUGGGUUUGAAGCAAAUGUUAGUUCACAUAAUGAUAGUGAAAGUAGUAAUGAUUACACCAAUCAAUGCAAACCCAAUGGUUGUAAUAAUGGUUCCGUUCACGAAGAGACCAUAAGUGAGACAAACAAUACUAUUAAUAAUAAUAAUAAUACAAAUAGCAAACAAGUAGUAUUAGAUUCAAUCGACGCUCAAAAUCAAAACCAUAGCAUUUGUCCAUCAAAUGAGAUCACAAUCGAAGUGAACGUUUGCCCGACGGGUGACGUAAACACGCCGACGAUGUCGUCGCCCCCGCACGCCGUCGACAACAACAACGGUUCGUCGACGUGUAGCUCAUCGGCCUCUCAGUGUCUACUGAUGACCAACGGUUACGAAUCGGGAGACAUAUAUCACAACUAUCCGGACUCUGUCAGCAACGGCGAGACCCAUAGCCCGCCGCACAGCGCCUUCUCAGACGUUCAGUCAGAGGGUUCGAGCGAUAGCGGCAAAGGGGGAAGUGAUAUAUUGCACGCCACACCUGUGGAGCACAGGGCCCUCAGCGCCAUCGACGAGACUGUGGUCUAUCAGUUUGAAAUCCCGCAACUGCUCUGCGGACGACUGAUCGGAGAAAAGGGUCGGUUUGUGACUCAAAUCAAACGCGACACCACCACCACUGUUGUCAUCAAUCAACACACCUUCACUAGUGAUAUGAAGAUAUGCACUCUUACAGGCACUCGAUCUGCCAUUAAGGAGGCACUCAUUAUGAUUAGGAUGAGAUUCCCGAUCAAUCAUUACCCGGACGUUACGUUACAACAAAUCAAUCUAAUAAACGCCUCGCAAACAUGUCCUUUGCCGCAGACGUGUCAGCUCCAAUUACCGUCGGGUAUAUCCUGUGAUGUGAUACUGUCCAGUCUGGUCAGCGCGGGUCACUUUUUCCUCCAACAGCCCACUCAUCCCACUUAUCCAUCGCUUAGUCGUUUAGACCAUUAUAUGAAUCAGACUUACUCUCAACAAAACACACCAUUCCUUCCGAACAUUCAUCCGGGAAUGAUAUGUACCGUUCCUAUAAUGGGCGGCUGGUAUAGAGCCGUCAUCACCAAAGUCUACGACACCGAAGAAUGUGAUGUGAUGUUUGUCGACUACGGAGGCUUCUCUCGCCUCCCCGUCUCCUCAUUGAGACAAAUCCGAUACGACUUCAUGUCUCUGCCAUUCCAGGCGUCCGAAUGUUAUUUAGCAAACAUCGAGCCCAUCGACUCCGAAACGGGAUGGACGGCAGAAGCGAACGCUCUAUUUGAAGAGUUAGCUCAGGGACAGAUACUUCAGGCCAUUGUCGUUGGUUACGCUGAUAAUGGCAUUCCUUAUGUUAAUCUUUUUAAAAUACAGGGAAUUUCCAAUGUGUUCAUAAACCAAGAGCUCGUAACAAGAAGUCACGCUCAAUGGGUAGAGAGUACGGCAUAACAGUACUGCAGAUGAUGUCCAGUCAGACACUCAAGUAAAUUGCCAUAUAUUUAGUCAUAAGAUCUGAUAUGAGAUCACUAGAAGAUUGGUUGAAGAAUAAUGUGGACUCUAACGUGAGUUUAAUACUACACAAAAUUGCGGUGCUAUUAAUGAGGCAUUUAUUUGUUCAUCGAUUUUAAUUAUUACAAAGAAUUGUAAAAUACUUUUUUUGAAUUAUUCAUUUGAUUUCAUAUCUAUAUUCUGUUCAAUUUAAUGCACUAUUUGGCCAUUUAUUGCGAAUUUUUAGUUUUAGUGAACCUUUUGCUCCCAAAUGUGUUUUUAACUCAAAUCUAUUAUAAUUAUUACUGAAUGAAUCCAUUGUAUGUGUUAUAAAACGAAAUUCUUAAUCGAAAGACAAUUACCAUUUGAGAC